AUGGGGGUUCAUAUGCAAAUUACCAAUAAAGAAAAGGGAGAAAGGAAGAAAAAGAACCCUGGAGGAGGAAGCGAGGGUUUUGUAGGUUUCACAUUUUUGGCUCAAACUCCGCCAAUCUCUGUAAAACAUCCAAACAAACAGAUUUGGAUAAUUCAAAGCUUUAGAUCGAAUCCUUCGUGCGGAGAAAUGCAAUCGAUUCGUGGCAGUACAAGGUUGCUUCAGAGGCAACGUUUCGCAGUCUCGAACAAUCUUCGUUUCACUUCGUCUUCUGCAAGCUGGGCUGAUAAUGAAUCGAGGAGGCUCGGGUUUGAUUCUUUCAGUUCUACCGGAGCUUUUGAUUCUGCAUCUACGUACCUCAUCAGCUCGUUUACAAAGGCGUUUUCUUCCUCUUCCGUAGUACCUAAACAAAACUUUGCGUAUUCAUCGAGGUGCUUUUCCACCAUUGGAGAUAUAGUUCAGUCUAGUCCCAAAGGGUUCCCUGGGUCCGCUUCUGAUGUGCCUCAGAGAAUCAAGUUCAAGCGGCUUGAUAAAACCGCCAAGCACAUAAUGCAGAUUGUAGACAAGGAAGCAGUUGAGGAAGUGAGAACUCUUAGAGAGAUACCAGAUAUAAGGCCCGGUUACAUUGUCCAGCUUAAAGUGGAAGUGCCAGAGAACAAGAGGCGUGUUUCCAUCGUAAAAGGAAUUGUAAUAGCAAAGCGUAAUGCUGGUCUUAACUCGACGUUUAGGAUUAGAAGGCUUGUGGCUGGAGUGGGAGUCGAAUCCAUGUUCCCUUUGUAUUCCCCAAACCUGAGGGAGAUUAAGGUGUUGGACAAGAAGAAAGUAAGAAGAGCCAAACUUUACUACCUCAGGGACAAGAUGAAUGCUCUCAAGAAGCAUUAGCACCUUCAUUAUAAUAAUAAUAUGCACUCCAAAUUCUCUUAAAACCAAGUCUUGAGGGUUUUUCAGUGACGAUUUGGCCUAAAAUCACAACAUAUUACUGUGUAAUGUAAUGAUGGAACUAUUUUUUCAACUCUACUUGUUCCAAUAAUUUGGUUAGUUUCAUACUUUCAUUAUUGAGUAAUCAUCUCCAGCUUCGUAAUAA